ACCCCUUCUUCAUCUAUCGAGACCCGACAGAUAUCAUACUAUCUCGAUCAUGGCGUCGGAUUCUCCUUCUAACUCAAUUGGCCUUGCCCUGCGCACUCCCGAGGCGGAUGUGCCUGACGUAGUUUCACAAUCUCCGGGUCCGGACCAACACCGUGAAAGCGCGCCCCUCUCGCCAACCGGUGAACAACGCAAGCAUCCUGUCGGAUGGUCUCUUAACGAUGAAGAAUACGAGAGCGAGAGCGAGAGUGGGAGUCAAGAUUAUAGCCAGAGUACGCCCCACGACAAUACUGGCAGCGACCAUCAAGAUGGCGGUUCUCUCGGCCAGCUUCAGCAGUGGCUCGAAUCACACUGCAAAGACGCUCUCUUCGCCUGUGGUGGGGCGAUACCAAUCAUUGCUGGUGCUCCAGAGGUCGAUGCACCAAAGAGAGAGCCAUCUGCAAACGAAGAACUCCCGUCCAGUUCAGCCUCCGACCGUGCCUCAAGCUUGAGCUCAGGCACUGCUCCGUCAGCACCCCCUCACCCCCCAGUCACCCUGCGAUGGGACCCUCGAGAUUCGAUGACUCCCGCCGCCCAUUGCAAGUUGAAUUUCCCUAUCGAGGAGUCUAGCGCGGACAACCUCGAUCGCCUGCUUGCUGAUAUGGAGCCCGCAGCGUUUGGUCGCGGAGGAGAACAUGUAUACGACGAGAGCUACCGCAAAGCUUCCAAGAUGGACCCUUACCGUUUCACCACUAGCUUUUGUCCCUAUACCUCGGGCAUAGUCAGUGUCGUGUCUCAGCUCCUCCUCCCAAAUCCGCUUUCAGAGAAACAGAGGACUCUCAAGGCUGAACUGUACAAACUCAAUCUAACCUUAGCCAAGGUUUAUACUGGGCCAUCUGGUCACUUCAGCUCCCAUGUCGAUACUCCUCGCUCCCGUUCUCAGAUCGGAUCACUGGUGGUUUGUUUGCCUGCGCAACACAAGGGAGGUGCCUUGGAAAUCCGUCAGGAAGAUCAACUCAUGCACUUUGACUGGGACAAUAUGGAUUCCGAAGGGCCCCAGAUUCAAUGGGCUGCAUUCUACAGCGACUGCGAACAUGAGGUUCUCGAAGUAACCUCCGGCCACCGCAUCACCCUCACGUACAACCUGUAUGUUACUCGGGGAGAUGGCCAGUUGUCAAACCAUCCCAAUGCCCUUACCAUUGACCACACGCCUCUUUUUGGGCACCUUGAAGAACUCAUUAGCGACAAGGAGUUCUUGCCAGACGGCGGCUACCUUGGCUUCUACACCACCCACACCUAUCCUCACACUUUUGCACAGGCAUGUUUGACCGAUACCUUGAAAGGUGUUGACAUGAACGUUUGGCAAGCCUUUCAACGCCUCGGGUGUGGCGUAUGCUUGCGACCAGUCUUGAUCACCGAUCCCUAUGAAAGCCGUGCCAAGCCCCGCCAUAUUGGCACUGAGUUUCCCCUAGAUAAGUACAACUGGACUAUCGACGAGGAGGAGGAUUGGAAGGACCUUCUAAACACGGGCUGGGGCCUCGAGAAGCUUGCCAUAGAAGAUGUCGUCUGGCUGAACGAAGCCGACGAAGGCACCGCGCAAGCAGCGUUUACUUACAUGACUUAUGGAAAUGAGCCCAGCACUGAUCUUGCUUACUCCCUUUGCGCGAUAAUCGUCGGAGUCCCAAAGUACACUGACAACGGGAGGAUGGCAUUGAAAACAACCUUUGAUUCAUCUGAAGCGGAUGAGCGUAACUGGGACGAGCACCCACCAUACCCUUUUGACGAUGGCAUGUAGGGUUGGAGGCAUGAUCAUCUGCUGGUGACAUGGAAUUGGUGGUGGAAGCUUGUGUAGAAUCUGGCUACCACUGAAUCAUGAGGACCAGAAGUCAAGGUCGAGUUGAUUAAAACGAGGGUUCAAAUGGAGAGAGAUCGUUGCUGGGCGGAAUACUACCGGAACUAGAAUAGUGCCUGGAGCUGGAUAUGGCUGCUAUGCGCUCAUCACAUUCAAUGUUCCUUCCUAG